AUGUCUGAUCUAUGGCUGCCGAAGUCAUUCGAAGACUUGGAAGCGUUACCAGCCUCAGAUGUCAUAUCGCGACAGACAAUAGGCCUCAGAGCUGUCGUUAAAACUGGACCCGGUGUCCUAAUCAAGUAUGCACGCGACCUUGCAGAAGAGGCUAUAUGCGCACAGUUCGCUCUGGAUGAGGCUGCCCUUCCAGUGCCACGCAUCCUUUACUAUCCUAGCGACCCUCAUUACGUGGUCACUGUCCAAGAUCUUAUCGCUGAGCAACCUUUGGUUAUCAGUGUUUGGUAUUUCUUCAUGGAGCAAGUCCCAGGCGUUUCUCUCGACAAAGUCAUUGAUACGAUGACGGUGGAGGAACUUGACCAUGUGGCGGCGCAGCUGAAGCUUCUCUUGCUGCGCAUGCACACCGUUCAAUCGAAGACCCUUGGGUUCAUCAGCGGAGGUCCUUAUCGAAACACAUUCUUUCCCCUAAACAUCUCCCCGGAACGCUCCUUCACGAAUGUUGAAGAAUUCAUUGAUCAUUAUCGCUCCCUAUUCACUUUCAUCGCUGGCGGAAACAUGGAUUCCGUUGGCCACGCGUACGUAGAUACUCUGCUUAGUCCAUUCCCGCGUGAUUGUCCCAUGUACUUCACACAUGGAGACCUGCUUCCCAAGAACAUCAUGGUCCAGGGCUCGACAGUCACUGCGUUAAUAGACUGGGCGGAGGGCGGGUUAUAUCCUGAGUUCUGGGAGUAUUGCCGCAUGCAUGAUCGCAACUUCCUGACCCAGGCUGGGCGCAUAUACUCCAGGCCAUAUUCCCUAGAAAGCGUCGCGCCAAGGACAUUGACGGAUUGGAUCAAUUGUUGGACAUCAUCCAAUAUAAUUUAUGUUGACUACCAGAUAAUCAUAUUUCGUGCGCGAUACUGA